UUGCUGUUAUACACGCACGAGCACCACCUGUCAGACGGUGACGGAAUGGUCCGCUUCUCGUUUGCCACGCCAUUUCACUAAAUUAAAUCCAAAAAUCAAACUACUCCACGAUGUGUACUCGUUGGUCAUCGCCGGUGGACCUGUCCUCAGUUCGACUGGCCCAUAUAAAUACCAUCGGGGUGCGCUGUCCGCAUGGCCUCCUCGACUCGCUUUCUCACUACUAACCUGCGCACUUUCCCAUCUCGCUUCCGACGAUUCCCACCGUACAUUUCAGUGACUUCGUUACCUGCGGUUCGUGGUUCCUUCGAUUUUUCGCUUAGAUCGAAGAGAGGCUUGGUGAUUGGCACAGAUUUGAAGAAAUUUGAGGUGAGAAGAAGAUCGUCAAUGGCAGAGGCUGCGACUGAGAAAGGUAAAGGGACGGUUCAAGUGUUCGAUUCGGAGGAAGAACUGGCGGUGUCGCUGGCGAAAUACACCGCCGAUUUAUCGGAUAAAUUUGCCAAAGAAAGAGGUUAUUUCACCGUUGUCUUGUCUGGUGGUUCUCUGAUCAAAUCCCUCAGGAAAUUGGUGGAGCCUCCAUACAUUGAUUCAGUGGAUUGGUCGAAAUGGUACGUGUUUUGGGUGGACGAGAGAGUAGUUCCUAAAGAUCACCCUGAUAGUAACUAUUUGUUGGCCUACGAUGGUUUUCUAUCCAAGAUACCAAUGCCCUCUGGAAAUGUCUAUGCUAUCAAUGAUGCAUUGUCUGCAGAGGGUGCAGCUGAUGAUUAUGAAACUUGUCUCAAGCAUCUGGUUAAGAACAAGACGAUAGAUCUAUCUCAGACUAGUGGAUUUCCUAAAUUUGAUCUGAUGCUAUUGGGUAUGGGACCAGAUGGACAUGUUGCUUCUCUAUUCCCUGGGCAUCCUCUUGUUCAAGAGAAGAACAAGUGGGUUGCAUUCAUUACAGACUCACCAAAACCACCACCAGAGAGGAUUACUUUCACGCUUCCUGUUAUCAACUCCUCUGCACACAUCGCACUUGUGGUGGCAGGGGCUGGUAAAGCUCAUCCUGUGCAUGUAACUCUGGGUGAUGGUCAAAAUUCUGAUUUGCUCCCUGUUCAAAUGGUUUCACCUGAAGGGGAGUUGAUGUGGUUUUUGGACAAGGCAGCAGCUUCAAAGCUGUAGGGCACGCAUGGCUGUAGUGGCGACAUGAGUUGAUCCCCCCAUGAUAAGUUAUAGUUUUUAUCUUGUAUUUUGUGGUUUGAUCCAUGACCUUAAAGAUGUGGGGAUUUUGUAAUGUCGGUGGUAGUUAAAUGUUUUGUGAGGUUUUUUUUCAAACCUUUCUGUCAGAAUAAGGAUUUGAAUAUGUAAUCUUCUUUGUCAUGCAUUUUCCACCAAGUUGUUGGUGUAAGUUUGGUGGUUUCAGUUGUUGCAGUCAUUUUGACUUGUGAUAUACGGGCAUUGCUAAUACAGCAUUCCAGGUGAAUUCUAGGUGGCUCUUGGUUGCACAGUUUCUG